AUGGCGCCUCACAACUUGUCCUGCACGGAGGGCGCCCCCUUCGUUCUGAGUCGUCUCACCGUCCCCUCUAUUGGCUGCAUCAAGCGCAAGCCGCACCGCUACCGGCCGGGAACUGUGGCACUAAUGGAGAUUAGGAGGUUCCAGAAGACCACGGACCUUCUCAUUCGCAAGCUGCCGUUCAUGCGACUUUGCAAGGAGAUCUCUCACACGCUCACCACGAUGGACGUGCGAUGGACCGCUGACGCCGUUCUUGGGCUGCAAGAGGCAGCAGAGGCCUACCUGGUGAGCUUGUUCGAAGACGGAAUUCUGCUCGCCAUUCACUCCAAAAGAGUUACUUUAA